ACCAGCUCAGCUCUUCAGUUGUUGAUCAUUGUCUAUUGUUCUCCAAACAGUAAACCACUAUUUCAUACUGAGAUUGUUGGCUGCGGGUAUAUUCCAAUUCCCCGUCUCCUCAUGAAUAUGAAGUGAAGGGCUCUGACCCUGAAAGUGGUUCUAAGCAGGGCAAAAUGGGGACUCGGAAGUGUGGAGGCUGCCUAAGUUGUCUGCUGAUUCCGCUUGCACUUUGGAGUAUAAUCGUGAACAUAUUAUUGUAUUUCCCGAAUGGGCAAACUUCCUAUGCAUCCAGCAAUAAACUCACCAACUAUGUGUGGUAUUUUGAAGGAAUCUGUUUCUCAGGCAUCAUGAUGCUUAUAGUAACAACAGUUCUUCUGGUACUGGAGAAUAAAAACAACUAUAAAUGUUGCCAGAGUGAAAACUGCAGCAAAAAAUAUGUGACACUGCUGUCAAUUAUCUUUUCUUCCCUUGGAAUUGCUUUUUCUGGAUACUGCCUGGUCAUCUCUGCCUUGGGUCUUGUCCAGGGGCCAUAUUGCCGCACCCUUGAUGGCUGGGAGUAUGCUUUUGAAGGCACUGCUGGACGUUUCCUUACAGAUUCUAGCAUAUGGAUUCAGUGCCUGGAACCUGCACAUGUUGUGGAGUGGAACAUUAUUUUAUUUUCCAUUCUCAUAACCCUCAGUGGGCUUCAAGUGAUCAUCUGCCUCAUCAGAGUAGUCAUGCAACUAUCCAAGAUACUGUGUGGAAGCUAUUCAGUGAUCAUCCAGCCUGGAAUCAUUUGAAAAAGGACAAAAUGUUUUCCAUUAUCAAGACAUGGCCAUCUAUCUAAAUAUUAUAUCAACUGUGUAGACUUGAGGGCAAUAUUGAAAUGAUGGUGCUUUCUGCAUUUGGUGUUUAUUUGUAAAAUUUGCAGUCCUCACUGCACAUGCGAGUAUACCACCCUUCCAUUUAGUAUGUUUUUUAAGUAAUAUGCAUCAGAAACUUCAGAAAUACUUCUGCCUUUUGAUCAAACAAAUCCAUUUCCAAGAAUCUGUACUAGGGAAGUAAAUAAGAAUAUGAGAGAAAACUUUAUGCAAAUAUGUAUAUUGCAACAUUAUUUAAUAUUCUGGAAAACUGGAAACACCCCAAAAUUCUAAACUCAGAGGAAGGAUUAAGUAAAGAGUGGUACAUACUGUAAAUGCUUUCUGAUAUUAAAAAAAUUAAUUAAAUAAAAAAUAAAGAGUGCUAGAUAUUUGUAAAA